AUGGAUUCCCAACAGGACCUGAAUCAUCCAAUCUUGAAUAACUCCUUGCCUGAUGAUGAUGAUCAGCAGCAGCCACCCUCAUACGACUCAUCUAGAAUGAGGGUUUCAAAUCACAGUCCGAAAAAGCACGAGAAUGUUUUGUCAGGCACGGAGCUGCCUUUCUUCAGGCGUCUCCGAUUGGCCUUGUUGAUUGAAAUGAAGCUCCUUUUCCGCCUAGCGGCACCGGCGGUCUUUGUUUAUUUAAUCAAUUUCGCCAUGUUCUUAUCCACUCGUGUCUUUUGUGGUCAUCUGGGCAAUCUCUCGCCUCUGCCUCUCUUGGCAACAGCGGCAUCCAACUCCUUGCUUAUGGCCUCAUGGGUAUCCAACGUUUUGCAGCUAGGAACGGGGAGUGCUGUGGAGACUCUAUGCGGACAAGCUUUUGGUGGGCUUAGAUACGGCAUGUUAGGGGUUUAUCUUCAGAGAUCAACCAUUGUCCUUACUUCAACAGGGAUCCCACUGAUGCUGGCCUAUGUGUUUUCCAAGCCAAUCUUGAUCUUACUAGGCGAACCGCCGGAAGUUGCAUCUGCUGCUGCUGUUUUUGUCUAUGGUUUGAUCCCACAAAUCAUUGAUUACGCUGUGAACUUCCCACUACAAAAGUUUCUUCAAUCUCAAAGCAUUGUGAAUCCGAGUGCAUGCAUAACAAAAUAA